GUCAUCAAGAACGAUGUAAACAAAGGAUUACGGAACCGCGGAAACGGAACCGCUUGGAGCCUCGAAAAUCGCUUAUCUUCCGCGUCCAAAUCAAGUUUGCUAGCCCGAAAAGGCGUCGCACCAAGUGGCCCCGCAGGCUCGUCGCUAGCCGGCAAUCCGUUGACCCGUUCAUAGCGUUACAUAACGUGAAUCCGGAGCUAUGGGCGGCAAGUCGUCAAAGGUUGAGCCUGGAGACAGGCAGCCGGAUUUCACGAGAUUCAAAGCGCGAGUGGAUCAUGUGAAGAUCGGUGGACUGGUACGCACGCACGAUGACUACGUUCAGCGGGCUGCCCGUCAUCUCUUCAAGGCGAAGAACUUCCAAGAAGUGAUCCUUGAAACCGUCACUGUAAAGGAUGAGCUGCUCCGCCUGGGAAUCUACAAAACGCUCAACAUCCACAUCGACACCAGCAAAGGAGAGGGCGCGAGCGCCAACGGGUACACGGUAGCCUUUGAAGGUGAAGAGUUGUCACGCAUUACCGGGAACGUUGGUGUCGAAGUGGGUCAAAACGAUGGCGCUGCAACGACAGAGUUGGUCACACCGAACCUUUUCGGUCGCGGUGAACGAUUGAGCCUUAACUAUAGCCACAGUUAUGUGCGCAACAGUGUACUUAACCUGAAGCUUACCAAACCCUACCUUCACACAAAAGUCGGAGACUAUGAACCGGAGACGUCGAUCACGAUGUUCAAAACUUCUUCACCCUCGCCGUGGUCCAAAUAUCGCAGCGAGGAUGCUGGUGUGCUGCUCGAUUUCUCGUUCCUGCUGCCGGUCUUAAACUUCAGCAACAGCUUGCAGUACGAGCUAGGCAUGAAGGAGCUAUUUGCGCUCGAUAAGCAGACGCCUUUCUUCGUGCGUGAAAACUGUGGCCCAAGAUUGGUCUCAACCAUUCGCUACAUUGGCCAGUACGAGGGACGCGAUGACAACGUGUUCCCCAGUUCCGGCGCUUUCCUGAAGGGCACUACCGAGCUGAUCGGUAGUCGACUCUCGGAGACGGGCAUCGUUCGGCAGGAUGUGCAUGCGGAACUGAAUGUACCACUAUUUCUGGGACUUUCGGCGCAGCUGUGCGGUCGUGCCGGUAUCACGCUGUACGAUCGCAAGAAGGAAAAGCUACCGAUCAAUACGCUGUUCUUCCCCGGUGGUCCUCAAUCGCUCCGUGGGUUCGAGAUUGCCGGAGCUUGUCCUCGGCGCGACGGAGUGGCCGCCGGUUGCCAAUCCUACUGGACCGGUGGGUUACAUCUCUGGUCUCCAUUGCCAUUUAAUCAGUACUUUGGUGGCUUCGGUAGUCUGUUCCGGGUGCAUGGGUUCUAUAAUUUUGGAACUUGCGAUACCUUCACCACCGAUAAACUUCGCAGUACAGCCGGUAUUGGGAUUGCGUUCCGGAUGGGUAGCAGGGCCCGCAUCGAGUUCAAUUACUGUCAGCCACUGUCCUACGAGGCCGGUGAUCGGUUGGUAAAAGGAUUCCAGUUCGGUAUCGGAUACGAGUUCAUCUAAGUCAACGACUUCCGACCUACGGAAAUGGAAGAAACGCUUCCUUGCCUAUCACAAACAGUCCUUUCUUAUCACAGACGGUAUUCUUUAAUGCAUUUUGAUUUGUUGUUUUCCCCCGACCUUCCCAACUGUGGAAAACUUUCUGUUGCCUCCCUUCUCUUUGUCUAGAAAGUUGUUUAGUAAGAAUGAGUUGAAAAUGAAAACCAUGAAUACAUC